UCCCACUUCCAUUGGUAAAAAAAUUCAACAAAUGGAGCUCUUGCAUUGAUUCCUAUCAAUAUCUCUUCUACAACACCGACUAUAUCGCUUCGUUAAAUAUACAUGCAACCUGAUUUGUUUCUUAUAUUAUGCUAGUAAUCUCCAAUCCAUAGCACUGAGAAGAGAACCAACCAGUUGAAGAAUAUGGCUUCCAAGAGAAUAGUAAAAGAGCUCAAGGACUUGCAGAGAGAUCCACCAACUUCAUGCAGUGCAGGUCCUGUCGGCGAGGACAUGUUUCAUUGGCAAGCAACCAUCAUCGGUCCAAAUGAUAGUCCUUAUGCUGGUGGUGUUUUCCUUGUUACCAUUCAUUUUCCUCCUGAUUAUCCCUUCAAACCUCCCAAGGUUGCAUUCAGGACAAAGGUAUUUCAUCCAAACAUUAACAGCAACGGAAAUAUUUGCCUUGACAUACUCAAAGAACAAUGGAGUCCUGCUCUCACAAUAUCCAAGGUGCUGCUCUCUAUAUGUUCUCUGCUAACAGAUCCAAAUCCCGACGACCCUCUUGUGCCUGAAGUUGCUCAUAUGUGCAAAACCGACAGAGUCAAGUAUGAGUCUACUGCUAGAAGCUGGACUCAGAAGUUUGCCAUGGGAUAAGAAUUGGCCUUGAAAUUCCUGCAUUAGCGAACAAGAUGCAUACAUAUAAGAAUUUUUCUCUGUCUGUAAUCUGAGCAUGCUCUCUAUGAAUAAAUGCUACUCUUUUUUGGUGUUUUUCUUUUAUUCAGCCUAUUAAAAUUGUACCAAAAAGCCAAAAUCAUUGUGCACUUAUUCAUGAAUUUUGAUUUGUAUUUCAA